AUGGUGAGAGCGGCCCGUCCCGGCGGCCCGGGCCCGGCGGGCGCCCCCCACCCUGCCGGGCCCCCCCCCCCUCACAGCCGGGACCGGCGGAGGGCCCGCAGCCCUGCGGUGGACGAGUCGCUGUUCGGGGAGAGCCGGACCUUGCAGCGGUCGCGCUCCGGCAGCCCCCUGGUGAUCCUUCGGGAUGCGCAGACCGCUCCCAAAGCGUCGCCCGCUGGCGAACGCAAGCCCGAGACCAUCCGGCUCAUCACCAAGGACUUCAUCCGCCACCUCGUCGUCCCCGCGGAGAACCCAGCAGCCUCCCUCGUUAUGGGGCAGGAGGAUUUCCAGCGCAUCAAAGCGGCAGCCCGAGUCCUGACCAAGGAGGAGCGCGAGGCCAAGCUGGCAGCCCUCAAAGCGGAGAAGGAAGCCGCUCUCGAGGCCGUGAGCGAGCGCAAGAGCGCGGCCAAGGAAAAGGCCGCGCUGCAGCAGCAGACGGGGAAGCUGAGCGAGCUGGAGGAGGAGGCGCGGGAGCGAGCCCAGAACCUGCUGCAGCGGGCCAACAGGAUGCGCAUGGAGCAGGAGGACGAGAUCAAGGAAUUCAGCGAGCUGAUCCUUGGCGCCAAGUGCCACAUGAUCCGGGACACGCAGCUCCUGGAGAAGCAGCUCAUCGCGAAAGAGCUGGAGGAAGAAGAGAAGCGCUUGGCCACCAUGAUGGAGGUGGAGAGGAAAAAGGCCGAAGAGAUGCGGGAGGAGCUGGAGCGCAGGAGGAGGCAGGAGCUGAUCAGAGGGAGGCAGGAGAUCGUGAAGCAGAUGGAGCAGAACGCGGAGGAGCGGGCUGUGAGAGCCGAGCAGCGGGACCAGGAGGCUCAGGAGAUGCUGGCAUACCUGGAGAAGCUGAAGAUGGAGGACCUGAAGGACUUGGAGCGGAAACAGGAGCAGCAGAGGAAAAUCCAGGCUGAGAUUAAACGCGUCAAUGACGAGAACCAGAGGCUGAAGGAGGAGCAGCGGGAGCAGGAGAGGCUGGCGGACGAGCGGGUGCUCGAGUACCAGAGGCAGAAAAUGGAGCGGGAGGCCGAGUUUGAAGCUGAGCAGGAGAGAAUCCGUCGGGAGAAGGAGAAGGAGAUGGCGCGCUUGAGGGCCAUGCAAGAGAGGGCCCAGGACCACCAGGCAGAGCAGGACGCGCUGAGGGCCAAGCGCAGCCAGGAGGCUGCCGAGCGAGAAUGGCGGCGCAAAGAGAAGGAGGCGGCGCGGCGCAAAGCCGAGUCGGAGCAGAUGCUGAAGCGGAGCCGGCUGGAGCAGAUGGCCCAGCGGGAGCACGGCAUGGCCGUGCAGGUGCAGCAGGACCGACACGAGUUCGAGAGGAUCCUCAGGGUCCAGCAGGAGCAGAUGGAGAAGGAGAAGGCGGAGGAGGCGCGGAGGGCAGGUCGGCAGCUCGCCCACGCCGACGACGUCCGGCGCCAGAUGCGGGAGCGUCAGCAGCAGCUGGCGCGGGAGCGGGUGGCCGCCUUCGAGGAGUGCCGGCGGCUGGAGGAGGAGGCUCGCCAGCGCAGCCAACGCAUCGCCCAGUUCAAGCAGCAGAAGAUGCGGGAGCUCAGAGCCUCCGGCAUCCCCGAGAGAUACUGUGCCCAGGUGGAGCGGAGGGCCCUGCACCGAGCGAGCGCAGCCCCCGGCCAGGCUCAGCCCCACCAGGAGCAGAGCUCCGGCUCCCCGGCGACUUAAGGCUUUCCGUGUUCUUAGGCUGAGUUUUCUACUAACAGAGAUGUUUUAUGGAGCAGACGGUGUCUUUCAUCCUUCCCUUCUUUCGGAUUUGCGGGCCAGGAGCUGCCCCUUGAGGCUGGGGUAGCCCCAAGGUUCAUCAUCCGACCUCCCCGGGACACAGACCACCCCUUGCCCGUCUCCUCCGGGAGAGAGAUGUCCGAGGUGGCCCUCGUCCUCGGAGGGGCCAGGAGUGUCCCCAAGCCCUCGGCACAGCUCGGUGUCACCACCGAAGCAGCUCAGGUGUUCCCAGCCUGCGGGGGGCGGGGGGAGCUCAGGUAGGGUCCUCAUGAGCCGGGCGGGCUCUUCUCCGCACACACAUCAAGCCCUGGCAGUGCCACCUUCUCACCGAGGUGUCACCUCCGGGCCCUGCGGGCAGCGGCC